AAGCGAGUUGUCAAAAUCUGCCUCAUUUUUGGGAAUUUGCCUUGCUGAAAUUUCACAAUUUUGCUUUAGAGUGAUAUUAUAUUGGUAGUGUGCACCUGGAGAGAGUGGAAGAUGUCGUCAGACUGGGAUACAGUGACUGUGCUACGCAAGAGGGCCCCCAAGGCGUCUGCCAUGAAGACGGAAUCGGCGAUAAAUCAGGCAAAACGGCAGGGCCUCCAAGUGGACACCCAACAGAAAUAUGGUGCUGGUACAAACAAGCAACACGUUGCCACGAAAAAUACUGCCAAGCUGGACAGAGAGACUGAGGAACUGAAGCACGAGAAGAUACCGCUGGAGGUUGGGAAGCUCAUCAUGCAGGGACGUCAGGCGAAGGGAAUGAGUCAAAAGGAAUUGGCGACCAAAAUCUGCGAGAAACCUCAAGUGGUGAACGAGUACGAGGGCGGCCGCGGGAUACCCAACAAUGUGAUUCUGGCCAAGAUGGAGAGGGCGCUUGGAAUAAAGCUCCGCGGCAAGGAACGCGGCAAACCGAUGGUGCCUCCUGCGAAAAAGUAAUUCCGCGGGAGGCACGGCAAUACAUCCACCCCCUCGUCCCGGAAGCACCCACACAACAACAGCAACUCAGCCCAGGAUGUCCUGGGUCAGGUUGGGACGAGGGGAGGACAAGAGUUUUCAUUGUAGAUUUCCAGCGGUUUAAUCUCAUUGUUGAAACUUGAUUCUUUCUCAUCGGAGCUGCGAUUUUAAACUUUGUAAAUUUCCCUCUGUGCAUUUCAAUUUAUAUUAUUAACUAUUCUCCCUCCGGACACAAAAAUGCAAGUUCAAGGAUUUGUAAACACUGAGAAAAUUCCUCGUAGGCAUAAAAAUGUGCGACAAAGAGCAACAAUUCCUAAGUUUAUAAACACAAUACACGAUGAUAAUUUAGUCAUUAGAUUUAGAUUGCUCGAGCAAUAAAUGCAUUUUUUGCAAACUUGUAAUCCUUCAGAAGCCAAAAUGAUGAGUAAAUAGUUUGCUGCGCAAUAAAAGGAUAGAAAGUCACUUUAGGGGAUGUGUCGAUUAGUUUGCAGAUGUAGUGGAAAAAAAAUUUGUCAUUUAAGAUGUUGACUGGAAAAUAAGUGUUUGCGAGAAAUUAUCAUAUGAAAUUGUAGGUCCAUUGAUUGAAAUUUGUCUGUGUGUAUAUAAAAAAAAAUUAAUUAUAGUGGCAUAGAAAUCGAAAAAAUAUUCGUGAAGAGUCUGAAAUUCUUUCAAUUCCGUCAUUAUCAGGAUUAAUCAGUGACUUUGAGUAAUUUUGGGUUGAGGGAUAUACAUAGAAGCUAGUGUAAUCAUACUUAAAGUUUGUAAUUCAUAAGAUUCUGUUGAUUUAUACCGAAUAACAGCUCUCAUGCAUUCUAUUCAUCACUUUAUAAGAAUAAUAAUCAACAUCAACUUGUACAAGACCGGCUUAAGCAGAGUAAAUUUUAGAUGAUUUGUAUUACGAGUUUCUCUGAACUGAAUCCCCAACAUGAUCACAAUCAAUAUUAGGAGAAGUGAGAGGGAGGAGAGGGAGAGAGGUCAUAAAGGAGGUUAUGAAUUUUGUGUGAAAAACCUCAUCGUCUUUUAUGUGUGGAAAAAGAGUGAGAGCAUAAAAUAUUCGGCACAUCCCUUCUUUUUACCCUUCAAUUGGGCAUCAUCUGCAAUUCUUUUUUUCUUUCUUGAGCCUCUUUCAAACUGUAACGUACAGAUUGGUGUAUUUUGCGAAGUUUAAAUAAACAUUUAUACUAAUCAUCUC